AUGCUUUCGCUCUUCCUGCUCUCAGUCGCGACACUUGCGGUCUUUGAUGUCUCUGCCGAUCAAAUAUUGAUUUUGGGUAAAUCUGAAUCCACAUUAUGGCACGAGACUCGCUCUACUUAUCCAUUUUCUACUGCUGGAAUGGCUAAUCUUGCGCUUGACUCACUGGGACUUCGCUCAGGUCGAAUUUCUUCGCAUCCUGCAGUUCCAAGUCCGGUUCAAGCUGACAUUUUCACUAACAGCCAAAGUUAUGCGAUCAUUUUACUGGAUGAAACAUCUUCGUCCAGUUUGAACACUAUUCAUGCUGCUCUUAGUGAAGACCAAAUGUUUAAUCAGUUGUAUCCGGCCCAACCCGCUAAUGUGAAAAUUCCCUUAACUGUCGCGCAAAAAUUUGGGUCAAAAUACCUAUCAUCCACAUAUUGUGCCGGAAGUAUCGCGCUGUGUGCGAGCAUAAGCGCCGAGACACCUCAAGUCAAAGCGGAAGUGGUGCAGGAGGUGCUCAAAGCCAACAGCUUUUUGAGUUCUAAUGAUGAACACGAUUUAGCUUUUACUCGGGAGCUGGCACAGCUGAAGCAACUAACGACGAAUUUUGUGCAAAUGGAGGGAAAUAAGUUACUCCUUGUAGGUCUCACGGGUCUCCAGGGAGAUAAGGAAAAAGCAGCGCAUGAAGCCAUUUCAAACGCAGUACUUGAGUUCUUGGCUGAAAUGAUGAAAUUUGAACAUGUAGCUGCUGCACAGAUAAUGACAGGAUCGCUACCUACUGGUGUGGAGCAGAUAGCCGCGCUCUCGCGUCGUACGCGUAAUCGAAAGCUUGCAACAAAACAAACGACAGAUGAAGAAACGGAAGACGCGGAAAGUGGCAAUGAUAGUGAAGGAAGUGAUGGUGAUGAUAAUGAAGAAGAGGAGAUAGCGGCAGCCAGUGGCAGUAUGCUAGACGACGGAAGUAACUCGACGUCUACGAUCAACUCGACGUCACAAGGCGCUUUGUUGAUGUCUGAUAUUGCUGAGUAUCAGAUCAUUUUGUGGACAUCGGUGCUGCUUGGUGCGACGCUAUUGAUGGCGAUUAUGGCCAUGGUGAAUAUGAAUGCUGGCCGUGAUAGUCUUCUCUAUGCCAACUUUAUUGCUGAUGUGAACGGCCGGAAGACCAAUUAA